ACGAACGUCACAAAGGUAAAUCCGGUAAAUUAUACAUUCAACUUUCUGUCUUUUUUUUGGUGUCGUUAUCGUCGUCUUCUUCAGUGUACAUAGGAAGUGCUGUUAUGGCACUUCACAAUUUACCUUUACUUAGUACCUCGCCGAAUUUCCUUAAUUGCGCAUAGGUAUCGCAUCUUUCGCAUCACUCGCACCUUCGGCACUUGGACAAUUGCUAACUCGGUAGGAACCAGAUCGAUACCCCAACCUUUCGUCGCAUUAAGCACCACUGUGCAACGUUGACAUGCUUUUACCUUCUCUGUUUACAGACCUAUAAAUGCUUAUAUUGGGAAUUAGGUGGAUAGCUUGGAAGACGAAGACAGCGUCAAUAUGGGAGAGCUACACAGGCUCUGCUACGAUGAUUCGUCCUCCUAUGAGGACGACAUGGAUGGCUCAUUCAGGAGCCAUAGACGUCGUUCACGGAGCUCAAGGAGCCAACCUCUGCCGAAGUCUAAACAAUAUCCAAUUCAAGUCGUCCUGAGACCUCCACCAGAUCCGACUGAGUACGAACGAAUCGAGCCUAAUCAGUCUGUUGAGAGGGUCCUCGGCGAGAAAGAAGUAGAAGACGAAGUCUUUUAUAGCGUCGAGUUCGAUGAUGGCUACAUAGAAGAGGUUGCUUAUGACGACAUACUGCAACUGCAGAACGGCCCUCGUGCCGCAGAAGAGUUCCAGCAGCAAAGAUCUGGUGUGAACACAGUUCCAUCUAGAUCCAUUAGCAAACGCCCCCAUUCCGACGAUGAGUACUAUGACUCAUCAGGUACCGAUCGUCGCCGUAAGAAAAGGCAAAAGCCGCCGACCCAACCUGACCGUAAAGGUACUCGACAUUCAUCGACCCGGACGUCAGAACGUGGAUCUGAGCGAGCAUCAAUGGGCAAUGGCCAAAUCAACGGUGCUGAAUACGAAUGGGAAAACGCGGAUUCCAAUGACGAUAUGGAGGAGGCUGGGUCGGGCUCUAAGAAGCACCAUUCCGGCUUUGUUGGCCUCUCCACGGGAAGAAUUACCAGGUCUAAGAAUCCCAUAAUUCGAAGCCAUCAAGUUCAAGAUGACUCCGAGGAUGAGUUAGCGCAGAGUGGUCCCAUCACUAAUCGGGAUGACGAUGAUGAUGACGAUGAUGAGUUUAUUCCAAUCGUUCGCUCCGAUAUUGGCGGCGCGAAGAGAACCUCAUCAAACAAGAGGCGAAAACCUAAGGUACCGUAUAAGUCUACUAAACGCUUCGAUAGCGACUCGGAGAUCGAGUUUGAGACCCGUAGAUCCAAAAGAUCAAACAGAGCCUCAAAGAGUAUGCGAGAUCCCGAGAUUGACGAAGAUUAUGACGCAGCGGAAGACUAUGCAUCAUACGUACCUAAGAUUGCGGCGAUCAAGGAGACCUUCAAUGAGGUCUCUGAGGAAUCUGGGCUAGGGGAAGUCCAUUCAAAUGUGUGCGAAACAUGCGGCACUAUGGCGAGCCAGGGAAAAGGACCCCUUAUCCCAUGUCAGGGAUGUUCUUACUCGUACCAUAAAUCAUGCAUCGGCAAUAGAUCUCAACGUGAUCAUAGAGUUACCAAAGUCGGCGCGAAUCAGUUCGUCCUACAAUGCAGAUUCUGCAUUAGGUCAUCCCAGAAGGAUAAGCGGGCCCCAAAUUAUUCAAUGUGCCAAACUUGCAAGAUUCCCGGUGUCUCAUGUCCGGAGUUCUCAACGAAGAAAACCCCGAAGCAAGAAGAGAAAGCCAGACUUGACAACGGGGGAGAGGACCCGAUCACAUAUGUUCAGCCCAAUCUAGUUAACAACGCUGGCAACAUAUUGUUCCGAUGCUCGACUUGCAAGCGUGGUUACCACUUUGAGCAUCUGCCUCCGAUAUCCCCCGGACAUGUUAGCAGCGAGAAUAUCCGAUAUGAUCGUAUCCAGGAAUACUCGCUUGAGGGAUGGAAAUGCAAAGACUGCUUGGAAGCUAAGUACAAGAUCCACGCAUUGGUUGCCUGGCGACCCGCCGACCAGAGCAGCUACCUGGAUGGCCAGACAAGUGAUGGCUUUGGCAGUGACGAGAUUGAGUAUCUGGUAAAGUGGGAAGGGCGGUCCCAUGCCCACGACAGUUGGAAGCCUGGUGCUUGGAUUUAUGGUGUAGCUACCUCGGCCAUGCGUACCGCGUUUCAUAAGCGCGAAGAGAACAAUCUCCCGAAGAUGACGACAGAGUCCGCGGUUGAGGAAGAAUGGUUGUUGGCAGAUGUCUUCCUCGGCGUGAAAUACCGACGCGGCUUUACCUCCAACUCUAAAAAGAAGGAUUUGGUCGGUAUCUUAGACGUGGUCUCGGUAUUCGUAAAAUUUCAAGGCCUCGGCUACGAGGAAGCCGUCUGGGAUGAUCCACCUCCCCGUGACUCAGAGAGUCGUUGGACUGCGUUUUAUGCCGCUUAUGAAGACUUUCUAAAUGGAAAAUACUUUCCUUCAACUAACGACAACACUAUAGCGAAACGCAUUCUAGACUAUCGAAAGUCCGACUUCAAAAAAGAGUGCGAACUCCAGACCCAACCCGCAAGCCUCAAGGCAGGACGCACUCUGAUGUCCUAUCAGAUGGAAGGUGUUAAUUGGCUCCUUUUCAAUUUUCAUCAGCAAGUAAACGUAGUUCUCGCAGACGAGAUGGGGUUAGGCAAGACAAUUCAAAUCGUCUCUUUCGUCAGCUCGCUCGCCCUAGACAAACCAAAGUGCUGGCCAUUCCUUAUCGUCGUCCCAAAUGCGACAUGCCCCAACUGGCGCCGCGAACUCAAGGAUUGGGCCCCUUCGCUUAGGGUCGUAACGUACCAUGGCGGCAAAGCGUCUCAAGAAUUAGCCUACAGACAUGAACUUUUCCCUAACGGGGUCAAAGAUGGAAUGAAGGCGCAUGUCGUCAUCAUGUCCUUCGAAGCAGCAAGUACCAUCAAGGGCACAUUCCAAGGCGUUCAAUGGGCAGGCUUGAUUGUGGACGAAGGCCAGAGGCUCAAGAAUGAUGAGACGCAGCUCUACAAGACGCUAGUCGACUUGAACAUCCCUUGUAGGAUCUUGCUAACAGGCACUCCUCUACAAAAUAACAAGAGAGAACUAUUCAACCUUCUGCAGUUCAUCAACGAGGAGUUUGACGCCGAGAAAUUGGAUGCUGAGUAUGGAGAGCUGACCAAGGAGAACCUUCCUAAGCUCCAUCGUGAAAUUCGUCCUCAUUUCCUACGGCGUACCAAACUUCAAGUCCUGAAGUUCUUGCCGCCGAUGGCCCAGGUCAUUGUCCCUGUGACUAUGACGGUCUUACAGGAGAAGUUAUCAAAGUCCAUCAUGGCUCGAAAUCCCGAGUUAAUCAAGGCCAUCGUUUCCAAAGGCAAGAUGAAGGCGGCUGACCGCAAGAAUUUGAGCAAUAUCAUAGCAGAUCUCCGCCAAUGUCUUUGCCAUCCGUUCUGUUUUAACCAGAACAUCGAAGACAAGGAAGUUGAUGAAGAACAGAUGCGGCGGAACCUAAUUGAAGCUUCGCCAAAGCUCAUGCUCCUAGAGAUCAUGCUUCCGAAACUCAAAGAGCGAGGUCAUCGCGUACUAAUAUUCAGCCAGUUCUUGGGUUGCCUUGACAUCCUUGAAGACUUUUUGCGUGAGCUAGGCCUUCGCUAUGGACGUAUUGACGGUAGUCUAAGUGCUCUGAAGAAACAGAGACAGAUCGAUGCCUUCAACGCUCCUGAUUCGCCAAUGUUUGCGAUGCUGUUGUCAACUCGUGCUGGAGGUGUUGGUAUCAAUCUUGCCACAGCAGAUACGGUCAUAAUAUAUGACCCAGAUUGGAAUCCACACCAAGAUAUCCAGGCUAUCUCUCGAGCCCACCGAAUCGGCCAGAAAGAGAAGGUCUUGUGUUUCCAACUAACAACGAAGAACACCAUCGAAGAGAAUAUCAUGCAGGCGGGCAGAAAGAAGAUGGCUCUCGAUCAUGCCCUCAUUGAGACUCUAGAUACCGAAGACGAUGGCAAUCGUGAUUUGGAGUCAAUCUUGAAACAAGGUGCCGAAUCUUUAUUUAGCGAUAAGGACAAGGUCAAGAUCACGUACGAUUCGGAUUCAGUUGACAAAUUACUCGAUAGAAGUCAGAUGGAGAGUACAAAUGCUGACGACGAGUCUGCCGAGACUCAAUUCUCGGUUGCGCGCGUUUGGGCUAACGAUUCAGGUUCAUUAACUGACAAUGUCGAUUCUGGCGGUAACAACGCAUCGGCGACAGACGCGAGCGUUUGGGAAAACAUUCUUAAGUUACGCGAGGAGGAGCACGAGCGAGAGGUUGCCGCCAAGCAAGAGGUAUAUGGUCGCGGCGCUAGGCGACGUGCAAAGGGGGUUGACUACAACAACGGCCAACUCCCGGGACUAGAUGGUGUCGGGUCCGACGUUGAUGUCGAAGAUGACCUAUAUACCGAUGCCGGCGUCGAACCUGAUAAUGACGACGAUGACGACGGAGCUUACGGAGAAGAGCGGGUGCUAUCAAGAAACAAGAGGGCUAAAGUGCCGGGACCCGCAACAGCAACCCCUUCCCCGGGCUCCACUUUCGUCGCCGCAACGGGGCACAACGAGGCCCUAACAAUGGCCAGACAGCUAGCGACACACGCCAUCAACCCUUCACAGGGCGAUCAUCGCAACAUGAUGCAGACGGUAGGCUCAACUCCGCAAGCCAGGGCAGCGCCAAUGAAAACAUUGCCACUCGGCCAAACGAUGCCACAGACGCAGAUACCGCCGCCCCGUCGUCCCCAACCUCAUCACACCUCAUUACCUUCCGAUAUACGCCUAAAUCCUAAUGGUAUAGUUUCGAUGCCCGGUCGAAUAUUGCCCUCUUCGACUAACCUAUCCCGUCCAAUCUCGAACGUACCCUCGCCAAUACCCCCGCCAAAGGUAUUGACAUCGACUCAAACUACCAUGCCAUCGGCCAGGAACCAGCCUUUGAAUGGUUUGACAAUUCUUCCCCCUUUCCCUACUGAUGAGAGAGGAAUCUGCUUAAUUUGCUCCACCAAGCAUCCAACGAACAAAAUUUGCAUUGAUUUCGGCUCUCAAAUCUCACUUAGGCUCGCAAUCGAUUCUCUCAAAAACAGAGAGCAGCCCAAUGUUCGGUCAUUCCGAGAUCUGCUUUUUAAUCAGCUAAGACGACUUUCCGGGCGAUAACGUUUCUAAUGCCGAAGCUUGUGGCAAACCUCUAAUGAGUGCGCAGACUUCGUGCAUUGCAUCUCUGACCGAUUGCCUAAGUACCUAGAUAGAUACUUCACCGCUUGCUUGGGAGGAAGGAUAGCAUUCGGCUAUUGCUGCUAAUGGUCAGCUCUUCCCCUACCUUAGCACGAUACGGACAGAUCGAUAGUCAACGCACCCAUAUGAAUUUAAAAGGAUUACCCCCAUCUUUGAUUUACAGCUAAGACAUUUCUAAUGGGUUUUGUCUGUUGUCCAACAGUAUACAGGCCGUUUGUCACGUGGGAAACACAAGACAGAGCUGCAGGUAACCGUAGAAUGCA